AUGAAAAGUACAUUGGCCAUUAUUCUAUUUCUUAUAUUGUUUAUUCAAUUACAACAAAUUCGUGGUGGUCCAGUUGCCGGUACAGCAUGUUGUGCCGCUUGCUGUGCACCUACUUUGGCUGCCACUCCACUGGUUUCAGGUCUUUGUUUGGCCACCUGUACAGCGUCAAUGGGUACAGUGCCAUCAUACUGCAUAUUUUGCAUGCCUGCAUUUCUUUCACCAAUACCAUAA